AUGCCCCCGCAUGACCCGGCAAGCUUGACGCCGGCCCUGACGACGUCACCGACUCUUCCCCCAUCGCAUCCCCAGGUAACCUCUCGACCAGAGUUUCGCCCUGAGGGCUUCGAUCAGCCCGUGUUGGCGGCUGUAAACCCUCUCCCAGAUGUCGGGGAUGUCAUGGUCGGCGUCAGUGGCGAUGUCGGCUCGACCGGCAAGGGCAUCCUCAUCGGGAUCCUUUCUGCUUUUGGCUCUGCCGGCGUCGCCAUCGUUGUACUCGCCGUCUUCUUCUUCUUGAAGUACACUCGGCGUGGGAGGAUCCUUCUCGAUCGAAUAGGGAGGCCGGGAGAAUUCGACGAUGAGCAGGCGUUUGCUCGUGAGGAGGCUGCGGCCUUGGAGACGAUGGAUGAAAUAUCCCGGGCAGAGUAUCUCCGAGCCAAAGCCUUUAUACAAGCCAAUCCUCCCGAGACGAUGCAGACCGAUAUCUCCCUUUCGCAAUUCCUCGCCAUCCAGGAAAAAGGCGUAUCAGCCUGGGAAUUCGAACCGGAACUGGAGAUUGCAAAUUGCUUUGUGGAGGCACGCACGGAGAUCGAGUUUUUCGAUUCAGAAUGCAGCGUCCAGACGAACUUGCCUGUACCCAAACAGAACGAGGUCUACUAUUGGGAAGCUAAAAUCUACGAUAAACCGGAGUCGACCUUGAUCAGCAUCGGGAUGACCACCAAGCCUUAUCCGUUGUUUAGACUACCAGGAUUUCACAAAACAUCGGUCGCAUAUGAAUCGACUGGCCACAGGAGAUAUAAUCAGCCGUUUUCGGCGACGAGUUACGGCCCCGAAUUCAGUCAAGGGGAUGUUAUCGGGGUCGGAUAUCGGCCCCGAUCCGGGACGCUGUUCUUCACCCGCAACGGGAAAAAGCUCGAUGACGUGGUGCACGGCUUGAAAUCGCAGAAUUUCUUCCCCACCGUUGGUGCAAACGGGCCAUGUUCCGUCCACGUCAAUUUUGGUCAGAUGGGCUUCGUUUUCAUUGAGGCCAACGUGAAGAAAUGGGGGUUGGCUCCGAUGACAGGCAGCCUGGCGCCUCCGCCGCCGUAUGGCAGUGAGCAGGGGAGCAUUCUGCUCGAAACCGGCCGCGACGGUCCAGCACCGCCCGUUCGCGGAUACCUGGGUGUUGGAAAUCGAGGCGGAGGAUCACAUCUCGUGCCACCGACCAGCCCCGGUCCUCUGCGCUCUCCCACCGAUAUCUCCCUUGCUCAGUUAUCGCACAUCCCUUCUCAUGAGGAUAUUGGCGAAGGAUCCAGUCGAGUGGGAAUGGGGGCUGCCAAUGAUCCCGCGCUCCUCUCGGCUGAGAUGGCUAUAUCGAGUCCACCCCCGGCGUAUGCCAGUCCGGUUAUGAGUCGACGAAACAGCAACGACGGGGAGGCACCUUCUCAGGGUCCUCUCGACCACGGGGACCAACCACCGAUCCCCAGUUAUGAAGCGGCAGUAGGAAAUCGUGAUAACCAGCGGGACGACGCAGGAGAGCACUAA